AUGGUGAUUUCAGAAGGAAUUGGGCUCGACCAGGGGUUCCCAAACUUAACCGUGGAGGGCUCUCUGGAUAGCUUAUAUGAGGCUGUGGAGGACUGCAGUAAGAGAGAGGUGUACAGCAUCCCCACCAGAUCUCAAAGUCACAACUUGCUGCUGGGCAACAAGAAGUGCCACACACCCCAACGCUUCAGCUUAACGGAAUUCCCAAAUGCUAAUGCCAUUUCCAAUCAGACAAAGAGAGGAAAAGACUCAAUAUCAACACCAUGCCAUGAAGCACUUGAUAAUGCCUUCCGUACUGAUGCCCCUCCACUUUGGCUGUCGGCCAGACACCCAGAAGAUUUGUGCCACAUCCGGAACGAUGACAAACAAGGACUGGGGAGCCCUCUAAAAGAGCGGAAUCAUCGGACAACACAAGAAAAUCUCCUCUCAAACAACUCAAAGCCGAUAGAGAUCAUCUCUUAUGACGACCAGCAUCCCACCGCACAUCUGCAAACCGGCAAACAGAGAGAUUCGACUACAACAAACAGCAAGAACCCAAAAGGGACGAGCGGAAAAAGUCAGUUGCCUGGGAAAAAGGGGAGCGGAAACGACAAGCAGAGGAGCGCAAGCAAACACACAGGUCGUGGUUCCAAAAGGCAUGGCUUGGACACAGCAGCAGCAGCGGCGGCCAAUAGGUCUGAGGAUGCAGCCCUGGCUCUUCCUUCCUUCGGACAUGACAUUGGCCAAUCAGAAGGCAGAAACAGAAGAGCACCAGACUCCUCAAUGGAGCAACAGAGUUGGGGCGUCACGGUCAAAGGGAAGCCCAGCUGCUGUACCCUUUACCACGGCAGUCAGAGACCCAACUCGGACUGCAACGUCUUCUCCCAUCAUGACCUCCCACCGCUCCCUGUGGCCCAGGACUGGGCCGGUCCCGGUCCGUACCACCACACCUCUGACAACAACGACCGACUGAGGAGGAAAGAUGGAGCCUGCUCCCAUGCCUCACAGUGCGUAGGCUACUGCUCCACCAGUGGAACUGUGUAA